UCCACAGUAUAAAUAUCACCAUCAAGUGCACAGGAUCUGAUUCCCAAGAGCGUCUGUCUACAAUGAAGUUCCUUGUGACACUCGCUCUCGCACUCGCUGUGGUGGUGGCACUGAGUAAUGCUGCCUGCUAUAGAGGAAAACUAACCAAGGAUUUUAGAACAGGAAAUACAGGUUGUUUGAUGAAUGAAAAGCUACACAGUAUUGGUGACCAGUGGAAGACUGAAGACUGUUUGGAAUGCUCGUGCAGUAGCGGUGGAUCCCAAUGUUGUACCACAUAUUUCACUCCAGCUGGCUUCAAUACGGAAGAAUGUGAAUCUAUUUUCGAUAAAGCAAGCUGCAGUUACAAUGUGGUAAAAAAGGACGACCACUCUGUAACCUGCGAAUUUACCGAAAUGAUUGGUUAACGUGACGGUCACCUUCCAUCUGCUGGAGAGCAGUGAUUCACCGAGCUACAAGUUACAGCGUUCUCUUACUGCACGUGCACUAGUGCUGCUUCCUAUACUGAAUUCUAAUUAAACGACAAUAAAUAUUGCUAUGUA